AUGGUCGCCUUCAAGUUUGCUGCUACUUUGUUCCUUGCCAUCUCCUUGGCUGCCGCUCAUCCAAUCAAUGAGCAAUUGGUCGGCCGUCAACUGCCCAGCCAAGUCGUAACCACUACCUCCUCUUACCAGAAAUUAACUAGCGAGAUAAGUCAACUCCAAGAGAGCAUCAGCUCUGGCGGCAUCUCCCGAUCAGAGGCUCGUCAAAAAAUGGAAGCUAUCUACAGUUCCGCCACUCAAACCCUCAGCACUGCUGGAUCGUGCGGCUCUUGCUGGGGCUCUGGAGCAGUCAACACUGUGAGUUCGUCUGCGAGCCAGACAUACCAAGCGUUUAGCAGGCUCGCCCAAACUGUCAAUCAAGUGUAUGGCGAUGCUGCUCCCGACGUCUUCAGUCCUGUUGCUCGAUUGGAUCCCCUGAUCAAUCAGAACCUCAACAAGUUCUCCCAGAGCGGUGCUGCAAUCAACUCAUUCUUGCCUCAAGGUGGCCAGGCCUUCGGCCGCUUAGGACUCUGGCAAACCGCCAACUUUGCGAACCAAUUCUCGUCCAACUCUCAGUCCGGAACAAACUUCCGAACUGGCUUCUAA